CCUAGUUCUGAGCAAGACUGGAAUCCCAGGGGGAUUCCGUCAGCCUCUCCCUUGAGCCAUGGACUCGCUUCAGGGAGCGGGUAUGUGGGCAUCUGCGGUGCUGGGCCCGGACGGCUUCACCUACUGCCUGCCCUGCAACGCCCGGCAGGUGCUGCGACUCAGCGAGACGGGAGCCAGCGAGCUAGUCGGCGCCGACUUCGGGGAGGAAACCUGGAAGUGGACGGCGGCGGUGUUGGGCCCCAAGGGCACCAUUUGGGGCAUCCCGGGCAACGCAGAGCGGGUGGUGUGCCUGAACCCCUCCGGCCACAUGGAGCUGGUGGGCCCAGUGCUGGAGGGCACUCACAAGUGGCACUGUGCAGUACUGGCGCCCGACGGGUGCAUCUACGCGCCACCCUGUGACGCCGGACAGGUGCUGCGCAUCGACUGCGCGCGGCGGCAUGUGGCGCUCAUCGGGCCCUUGCUGGGGGGCGUCGGCAAGUACUGCGCCUGCGCGGCCACGCAGAGCCACGUGUACUGCCCCCCCAACCACGCCCGACAGGUGCUGAGCAUUUGCCUGGCAACCAAGCAGGUCGAGCUGAUAGGCCCAGAUCUCAGCUUCGGUGGCGGUGGCGCCUACGUCAGCGCCGUGUGCGGAUUGGACGGCGUGGUGCACUGCCCACCCUUCGGCGCCCCACGGGCGCUACGCAUUGCGGAGGACGGCGUCGAGCUCUAUGGCCCCGAGCUGCCGUGGAUGGCGCACAAGUGGAGGGCUGCGCUGCUGGCGCCGGACGGCUGCGUCUACGCGGCCCCCUGCAACGCCGGGCGCGUGCUGAGGCUGGGCCCGGGCGACGACUUCGCGCUGGUGGGCCCAGAGCUGCCCUGCGACCCGGCGCCCGAGGGCCGCGAGAAGUGGCGCGCCGUGGCGCUCGCCGCGGACGGCACCAUCUAUGCAGUGCCCUCCCAUGCCAAGCAGAUCCUGCGCAUCAAGACGGGCGCGGCUGCCUUGGAGUCUCCCAGCUUCGAAGAGCUGAUGGCUGCCAAGCAAAAGGCCCUCAGUGAGGAGGAGCAGAACCUGAAGGCAGAGGCGCAGGGCAACUCUGAGGAAGAGAUGGAGGAAGAUGACGAGGAACUAGACAGCGAUGCGGAGGACCUGGAAGACUGGCCUGCGGAGGAGUGUGAUGGUGUGUCACUCUGGGGCCCCAUCUUCGAGCCCAAGUGGGCGCGCAAGAACAAGUUCCGGGCACUUGCAGCAGGAGCCACAGCAGAGACGCUUGUGGCGCCGCCGUACUUCUGCGGCCAGGUGCUGGUGGUGAGACUGGACAGCCCCGAAGAGGAGGCCGUGCAGAUGUUGGGCGACCCCCCGCCGAAGCCGCCCAAGAAGGUCUUCGUCCCGAUCCCAGAUGAGGACGCGGACUGAGACGAAGACAAAUCCUUUGACGCGGCCAACGCGACUUCCAGCGGUUUUCGAGCAGAUCCCACGCUCGCGCAGUUUCACUGACGCUGAGAACGGCGCGCCCGUGCCGCGAGGUUGGCCAGGCGUUCGAGACGCAGUCCAAGCUCCGAACCAGGGGGUCGAGUGGCGCUUGCACGGAGGCAAAGAAUGCCUCGCGGUGGCCGCAAAACCGCGCGCUGCCAAAAA